AUGAGCAAGGCUAAGGCGGUUAGUACUCCACUUGGAGGACAUUUCAAGUUGAGUGUGAAGCGUUGUCCUACAAGUGAUGAAGAGAAAGAAGCAAUGAAGAAUGUACCUUAUGCAUCAGUUGUUGGAAGCUUGAUGUCGAAACACAUAGAUGUUCGAUAUCAUUGGAUUCGUGAUGUUUUGGAAGAGAAGUUGUUGGAGCUCAACAAAGUGCAUACGGAUGACAAUGGUUUGGACAUGAUGACUAAGUCCCUACCAAGUGGAAAAUAUAUCUUCUGUCGAGAUGAAGCAGGUUUGGUGCUACCCCCCAUAUGA